AUAGUCACUGACAAGCGCGCAUGCUGCAUGCGACAUCUAUCAAUUCCGUUGUGAUUCAAACAAGGGUAAACGAAGAUUACUAAGUGUUCCGUUUCCUGGUAGAACCAUGAGUGGGUUCAACUUCGGCCAAGCCGGCAACACGGGGUUCAGUUUUGGGACCCCCAAAACCACGGUCGCCCCAGCCCCUGCAACCGGCUUCGGGAUGGCGGGCUCCACACAAGCUGCCCCCAACAGCGGCUUUUCAUUUGGGACCCCAAACCCUGCCCAGGCCGCAGCUCCACAACAAGCUGCUUCACAGAGUAUUUUUGGGAUGGCCAUGCCGCAGGCCAACGCUACCCCGGGUGGUGGGUUUAGUUUCGGGACUCCCGCACCUGGCGGUACCCCUGGAGGAGGAGGAGGCGGUGGCGGUUUCUCAUUCGGAACCCCCACCAACAAACUCAAUUUAGGGACGCCAGCUCCGUCUCAAGCAUCACCAGCAGGGAUGACCCUCGGGGUGGCUUCCACCGGCUUCACGCUGGGAGGGGCUCUCUCCACCCAGACCACAGCCUCCAUGCCCGCUGGAGGGGGCUUCAGCUUCGGCACUCCAGGCAUGGGAGUCCAGGUCCAGCCCCAGGCCCAGGUCCAACCCCAACUCAUGGCCCAGGUCCAACCCCAACUCAUGGCCCAGGUCCAGCCCCAACUCAUGACCCAGGUCCAGGCCCAGCCGGCUGCAGCCACAACCACCACCAUGGCCCCAGGAGGCAUGUCCCUGGGCGGGGGGUUCAGUUUUGGUGCAGCUAAGGUCCAGGCCACCACCGCCCCUGCCCCCACCAUGGCCCCUGCCCCCACCAUGGCCCCUGCCCCCACCUCAGGAGGAGGGUUCUCCUUUGGGAGCCCAGCUCCCUCCACGCUCUCCAUGGGCAUCCAGCCCGCAGGGCUGAGUCUGAACUCUGUCGCCCCAGCCCUGACAGCUGCAGUCACCUCAGCCCAGGGCGGAGGGUUUGCCUUCGGAGUCAAACCAGCUGCCACGCCAGCUCCGGUGAUGUCUGUGCCGGCCAGCCAGCCUGCUCCAGUGCUGGGCUCUUCUCUGUUUGGUGCCCCGGCAUCCACAGCCCCCGCCACCACAGGCUCCGGCUUGUCCUUGGGCAGUGUUGCUGCCUCUAUCGCCCCGGCAACUGCCUCUAUCGCCCCGGCAGCAGGAGGGAGUCUGGGGUUCAUGCUGAAGCCCCUGGGAGUAGCCUCAGCUACCACAGCUGCUGCUGCAGCUACAGCUGCAGCCGCUGCCAGCACCACCUCAGGCUUCUCCCUCGGUAUGAAACCUCCUGGGGUCACUGGCAUUGGGUUAACGGCACCCAUCACUGGAGCUAGCACAGCUGUCAUCGCCAGUGCUCCUCCCGUGAUGUCCUAUGCCCAGCUGGAGGGGCUCAUCAACAAGUGGAGCCUGGAGCUGGAGGAACAGGAGAGACACUUCCUGCAGCAGGCCACGCAGGUCAACGCCUGGGACCGCAUGCUGGUGGAGAACGGAGAGAAGAUUACAUCGUUGCACAAGGAGAUGGAGAAGGUCAAAUUGGACCAAAGAAGGCUGGAUCAGGAGCUGGACUUCAUCCUGUCUCAGCAGAAGGAGCUGGAGGAUCUGCUGUCUCCUCUGGAGGAGUCUGUCAAAGAGCAGAGUGGAACCAUUUACAUGCAGAACGCUGAUGAGGAACGCGAGAGAACGUACAAGCUGGCUGAGAACGUGGACGCCCAGCUGAAGAGGAUGUCUCAAGAUCUGAAGGAAAUCAUUGAACAUCUUAACACAUCCAGCGGCCCAGCAGAUACCAGUGACCCGCUUCAACAGAUCUGUAAAAUUCUCAAUGCCCACAUGGAUUCUCUUCAGUGGAUUGAUCAGAACUCAGUGCUUCUACAGAGGAGAGUGGAGGAUGUGUCCAAACUGUGCGACAACCGUCGCAAAGAGCAAGAGAAGACCUUUCGUAUUACAUUCGAUUGAGAAUUAUUAGCGUCUGAAAUGCUAAAUGUGGAAUAUUAUACUUUUUAUACUCUUUUGGAGAAGUCAGAUUUCUGGAAGAUGGUCUUUGUAGGAUGAUGUUAAGGGAUGGUUCACGUUGAAUACAGGGGACAUGUUUUGGCUCAGUAAACCAAAAUUGACCCAAUAACUUAAGGGAGAAUUAUGAUAUACAUUGUGAACUAUCCCUUUAAUGUUGUGAAAUAUGCUAUGAGCAGGCUUAAAAUAAAGAUGGAAAAAAAUA